CAUGAUUUCAUCACUGAGCAGCCUCGGGAGACCACCUUACAGCUCCACGUUCAUUCACAUAAAUGAUGUCUCUUGUUUGCUGCUCUGAAGUGACAGAUUUUAACCAGCAAUGCCUAUAAUCUCCGGAGGUAGCGAACAAGACUACAGCAACCUGAGCUACACCUCCAGCAGUACCCUUACCCAGCUCUUCCCAAUAACUGUCCAAUCACAGACACUAAAGGGAGUUAGGUACAAACGGGCUCAGAGGAUUUAUGACCCGAACGAGCUCUGCACGGUUGACCUGAAACGAGAGGUGAUUAUUAAUGUUGGAGGAAUUAAAUACCUUAUGCCUUGGAGUACUUUGGAUGAAUUUCCCAUGACCAGACUUGGAAAGUUAAGGUUUUGCAAUAGCUAUGAGGAGAUCAUCCAGAUCUGCGAUGACUUUGAUGAAGACACCAAUGAGUUCUUUUUCGACAGGAAUCCGUGUGCUUUUGGCAUGAUUGUCAGCUUCCUGGCCGCUGGAAAACUCAGGCUCCUGAGAGAGAUGUGUGCCUUGUCUUUCCAGGAUGAGUUGACGUACUGGGGCAUCGAGGAGUCCAAUUUAGAGAGAUGCUGCUUGAGAAGGCUCAUCCAAAAAUUGGAAGAACUGGCAGAGAUACGAAAAGAAGAGGAAACUCAGAGAAACAGGGAGACAAUAUGUGUCCUAGAGGACAAUACCAAGGUUGGCCAUUGUAUGAGCAAACUGAGGGAUAUGGUGGAGAACCCACAGUCAGGGAUUCCGGGAAAAGUAUUUGCCUGUCUCUCUAUUUUAUUUGUAGCUACUACUGCUAUAAACCUAUGUGUUAGCACCAUGCCGGACCUCCGGGCAGAAGAAGACAGGGGCGAAUGUUCCCAGAAGUGUUACAACAUCUUCAUCAUCGAAACCGUGUGUGUAGCAUGGUUCUCCUUGGAGUUUUGUUUACGUUUUGUCCAGGCAAAAAGCAAAUGCCAGUUCUUCAGGGGGCCAUUGAAUAUUAUCGAUGUGUUGGCCAUCUUGCCAUACUACGUUUCACUCGUAGUGGAGGAUGAACAAAAGACUCUUGACAAGCCUGGCAGCAACUCGUACCUGGAGAAGGUUGGACUGAUUCUCCGAGUUUUACGUGCCUUGAGAAUAUUGUAUGUGAUGCGUCUUGCCAGGCACUCACUUGGUCUACAAACCUUGGGUCUCACAGUCCGAAGGUGUACAAGAGAGUUCGGGCUUCUCUUACUCUUCUUGUGUGUCGCUGUCACUCUUUUUGCUCCGCUGGUCCACCUAGCAGAAAAUGAAAUGGGGAGAUGCCAAGAAUUUACUAGUGUGCCUGCUUCCUAUUGGUGGGCUAUAAUCUCGAUGACCACGGUAGGCUAUGGUGAUAUGGUUCCAAGAAGUGUUCCAGGACAAGUAGUGGCUCUCAGCAGCAUUCUUAGUGGAAUUUUAAUCAUGGCUUUUCCAGCAACCUCAAUUUUCCACACUUUCUCUCGAUGUUACGCAGAACUGAAGAGGGAGCAGGAAAGAUUACAAAGCAGACUAUUGAGGUUAAAAGAUGCAAAUCAGUCAGGUGAAAGCGAUACCUUUAAUGAUACAGACAGUUUGGUCUCAGAAGAUACAUAUAAGUAUUUUUACUCCGCAAAAUAAAUGCUAAUGUAACGGUAGGGCCAUUACUUGAACAAUAAUCUGCCAUUUUACAAUAAUCUGUCAUUGAAGAAUUACACAGAAAUAUUGCAUCAGCCUGUGCAUUAAAGGGUUAGCUGGUCUUACGUUAUUAAACCAAAUUUUGUUUGAUCCAAAAGAGAACAAAAGGGUUGUUGGACCUUGCGCACAAUUAUCAGUGAGUAUUAGCAAAGAGGGAAUAUGUACACUGUUUAAAGACUGUCAAA